AUGAUUUCUCUACUGUUCAUCGCGGGCCUCAUCCAAUCUCCCGGUUCUACUACACCCAUCAAAAUCCAAAAAAUUCAGACUGUUGAUAUUCGGGAGCAGCUAGAUCAGGAGAGGGGGUCUGAUUUGGAGAGUAACUUAAAUCCUCAAGAUAACAGGAGGUUAGAACUAAUUCCAUCUGGAAGAGAAACUGGGAAAAUUAUCAAUGACAUAGUGGAGAAGACUAUAGAAAUUCGUAUGGAGGUGGAAACUCAUGGCCUGAACACUAAUAUUGUUUCUGAGGUGGGACCUAGGAGGAAGAUAAAGAAUGGUGUUGUCAGUAAAUUGAAUGAUCAAAAUUGGGUGUCUGGGUUGGUUGGAGGGAAACCUGAAUUUAGAAUCUAUAUUGAUGACCAUUUGUUCUGGGUUAAGGACCUCUUGAUAGCAGGAGGGUGUAAUUGGGAUACCAAUCUGUAUAAGCUUUUCAAUUACGUCUCCCCGAUCAAAAAUAACUUGUUCAUUAAAAAAAAUCAUACAUAA